AUGUCAAACUCAAUUAUUCAACUUCUUACUUCCGACAAAUUUAACGGAGAAGGUUAUUCUAAUUGGAAAUCAAAUAUAAAUACAAUAUUAGUGGUUAACGACCUAAGGUUUGUUUUAGCAGAGGAAUGUUCUCCUCUUCCCGGUUCAAAUACUAACCCAAAUGUUCCGAAAAUUUAUGAUAGAUGGGUGAGGGCUAAUGAGAAGGCGAGAGCCUAUAUCUUGGCAAGCACAUCUAAUAUGUUCAACAAGAAACAUGAAGUCAUGCCCACUGCCCGUGAAAUUAUGGCGUCAUUGCAAGAAAUGUUUGGGCAACCGUCAUCUUUUGUGCUACAUGAGGCUAUAAAAUAUGUUUAUAACUCAUGUAUGAGAGAUGGAACCAAUGACAGGGAGCAUGUCCUAGACGUGAUGGUUCACUCUAACAUCGCAGAAGCUCACGGGGCUACCAUAGACGAAACUAGUCAAGUUAGUAUGAUCUUGGAGUCUCUGCUGAAGAGCUUCUUGACCCUUCAAACUAAUAUCGUAAUGAAUAAGAUUGAUUACAAUCUGGCUACUUUAUUAAUUGAACUCCAGACUUACCAACCAGUGAUGAAAUAA